GGCAGCCAGCAACACGUUGUGUGCUAACAACUAAAAAUCAAAUUGCAACGUUUUGUGCAGCAGUGGCAGGCACCAUCGUAAGUCGAAAAGUAAAGCUAACAAUCCUAAUCGCUGCCGGUGGGCGUAAAGUUUCUGUUUCUCCUGUUUCUCUCACCUUUAAUUCGACGAACUCGCAUCUGGAAUCCGGCCACCCUGUGAGACGGAUGUAUGCGUUUCUGAUGCAAUAUAGCUGGCCUGCUCUGUUGAACUGACGUUGUGCAACACCGUCUUAACACCCGCACACACCUCUCAUUUCACUUGCACAACGCAUUACGGGUUUCUGUACACCGUCGGGUCGCCGUGCGCUGGUGCUGCCUUAUUUCGUUAUAAUACAGCCGAGACAGGGAGAGAGAGUCGCUGGGCCUUAUUUAAGCAUCAAAGUUUUCGAGGCGCAACGCAGCUUUGUGUUUCGUUUGUUAUAACCGAAAAAGAGAAUCCCUCAAUUACUUCUGUGCAACUCGAGCGAAGAACAAAAGAAUACGCGAGCAAGCCACUCGACACUAACACCACCACCACCAACCACACACACACACAACCCAGAAAAUCAAAUUUCAAUCAGAAAAUGGCGUUAAAAAGAAUCAAUAAGGAACUGCAAGAUCUGGGCAGAGAUCCACCUGCACAAUGUUCAGCUGGUCCAGUUGGAGAUGAUUUAUUUCACUGGCAAGCUACAAUAAUGGGCCCGCCGGACAGCCCUUAUCAAGGAGGUGUAUUUUUCUUAACUAUACACUUUCCAACAGACUAUCCCUUUAAACCACCCAAAGUGGCUUUUACAACGCGCAUAUACCAUCCAAACAUCAACAGCAAUGGAUCGAUUUGUCUCGAUAUAUUAAGAUCUCAGUGGUCGCCAGCAUUAACUAUUUCAAAAGUCUUAUUAUCAAUUUGCUCUCUACUCUGUGAUCCUAAUCCAGACGAUCCACUUGUUCCAGAGAUUGCCAGAAUAUAUAAAACUGAUCGGGAAAAAUAUAAUGAGCUGGCACGAGAGUGGACUAGAAAGUAUGCUAUGUGAUGCGUUCCAGAUUGCAGCAGUCCAACAGAAUCAGCAAAAUCAACAUCAAUAGCAACAAUAGCAACAGAAAAAGCAAAAGCAAAAGCAAACGCAAAAGCAACAACAUCAGUAAAAGUAAAAGCAACAAAGAUAACAUCAGUAACAACUUACAAUAGUCAGAAGAAGAGAAGCUGCAGCCGCAGAAUCAUUGUUAUUGUCAAUGGCCGCCGUGCGGCGGUUGACCAAAACAACAACAACAACAACAAUAUUAGCUUGAUCGGUGGCAACAGCAUCAGCAGCAGCAGCAACUACUACAUCAGAACUUGCAGUCAAUCCAACAUCAAUCAUUGCAACACCACCAACAUCAGGAACAGAAGCAGCAGCAGCAGCAUUAAGAUCAACAACAACAACAGCUGCCGUCGUCGUCAUCUUCGCCGUCGCUGCCGCUGUCGCCGCCUUCGCUCGAUUGGCUUUAGCAUUAAAAACAACAACAUAAAUAGCAGCAGCAGCAGCAGCAGGAGCAGCAGCAGCGUUAAUAGCAACCGCCAGUGGACCGAAGGUCAUGCCGCAGCAACAUUGGGAAAAGCAGCACCAGCAGCAGCAGCAGGAGCAUCAUUUGGCAGAUUGGUGGCGGACUGCGAUUGGGAAUAAUUGUGUGUUUGAUGACCGAACAGAAACAGAACAGCAUAAAACGGAAAUAAUUUAAUAAUAAUUACUGAAAAAUUAUGUAAGCAUUAAACAUUAAAAGCUAGACAGCUACCAACAACAGCAUCAACAUAAUAAGUUUAAAUACAAAGAAAAACAAAACUACAAAUAAAAAUCAGCUGGAAAAAUUA